AUGGCCAGUCAAACUUCCCCAGACACUGCUCUUUCGAUAGACGCCAGACCGAACGCUGCCCCACGGGCACCAGCUAGGCAGGACACAUCGUCUUCGGCAAUCGAAACCCAAGACCCGUUGAACAUCGGACGCCACCGUCGAGAAAAUGUCAGCAAGAAACAGAUGAAGAUCGAUCAUCCGGCAGGAAACAAGAGAAAACUCAAAAAGUACUACUCGAGGCAGAAUGAGCUCAUUGACAAGUUCCUUGGCGCCGAUGACGAAGAGGCCAAUGCCGUGAUAGACGAUGCCCGGUACGCGCCGCGAAUUAAGUUCGCCGUCAACAUGUCCUUUGUGGUCAACCUGUGCCUAUUCGUCAUCCAGAUGUACGCAGCCAUCGCCACCGGAUCUCUGUCGCUCUUUGCAACGGCAGCAGACGCAUUCAUGGAUCUGGUAUCGUCGUUUGUGAUGCUUGUCACAUCACGGCUUGCGGCCAGGCCGAGCGUGUACAAGUAUCCUGUCGUGAGUGCCCCGAACCCCAGCCACUCAGGCGGAGAAAGCCAUGACGGAGAGGCGCUCCAAAUCAUACCGCUUGUUUUCGUCGGCAUUGCCAUCCUCGCCAAGACUAGUAUGAUGAUAUACUGCUUCAUUUAUCGCAGGUUCCCAGCAGUCCAGAUCUUCUUUAUCGACCACCGCAACGACAUCGUCGUCAACAUCUUUGGCCUCGCCAUGUCGAUUGUGGGAGACCGGUUCGUCUGGUAUCUCGAUCCGAUCGGAGCCAUCUUCAUCGCGCUCCUGAUCCUGUUCUCUUGGGUGACAAAUGCCUUUGAGCACGUCUGGCUUUUGGUGGGAAAGUCGGCGCCCAAGGAGUUCAUCUCCAAGCUCAUAUACAUGGCCAUGACGCACGACGACAGAAUCAACAAGGUUGAUACAUGCCGAGCGUACCACGCCGGACAGAACUUUUAUGUCGAGAUUGACAUUGUCAUGGACGAGGAUCUUCCGUUGCGAACAACGCAUGACAUAGGACAAGACCUGCAGAGAAAGCUCGAGGGACUGAGCGAGGUCGAGAGAGCUUUCGUGCACAUCGACUAUGAGCACGCGCAUGAUCCCCACGAAGAGCACAAGCCCUUGUACUUGAAGAAGCAGGCGAAGGCCAAGAGAAGUAUCAAGGAUGUUCUGCUCUUUAGGAAACCGGCGAUGGAGCAGGCCAUGGCCAACUCGGAACAGUCUCCUCCACCUUGA